AUGGCGAUUCCUAGAAAUCGCCUGCUUUUAUCUGCACUCCUUUCCAUCAUCGUCGUUUCGUUCGCCGUUGCUCACGAUCAAGAUCAGCAGAAGAGCGUCACUUAUGACGGAAGGUCUCUGAUCAUCAAUGGAAGACGCGAGCUCCUUUUCUCUGGCUCUGUCCAUUACCCUCGAAGUCCUCCCGAGAUGUGGCCAGACAUUCUCGAUAAGGCAAGACACGGAGGUUUGAACGUGAUUCAGACUUACGUGUUUUGGAACGUUCAUGAGCCAGAGAAAGGCAAGUGGAACUUUGAAGGAAACUAUGAUUUGGUGAAGUUUCUUAAGCUUGUUCAGCAGAAAGGAAUGUACGCAACUCUUAGGCUUGGACCGUUCAUCCAGGCAGAAUGGAAUCAUGGAGGACUUCCAUACUGGCUAAGAGAGGUACCAGACAUCAUAUUCCGCACUGACAAUGACCCCUUCAAGUUCCACAUGGAAAAAUACGUGUCAACAGUGAUCGAUAAAAUGAAUGCGGAGAAGAUGUUUGCCUCCCAAGGAGGUCCCAUCAUCUUGGCACAGAUUGAAAAUGAGUACAAUCAUGUCCAAGCAACCUAUAAAGCCCAGGGAGAUAGUUACGUUCAGUGGGCUGCAAAUAUGGCAGUGUCAAAGAAUGUCGGAGUUCCAUGGAUCAUGUGUAAGCAAACCGACGCUCCUGAUCCGGUGAUCAAUGCGUGCAACGGAAGGCAAUGCGGGGAUACUUUUUCUGGCCCCAACAAACCGUACAAGCCUUCCAUAUGGACCGAAAACUGGACUGCCCAAUACAGAGUUUUCGGAGACCCACCAUCCCAGAGAAGUGCAGAAGAUCUCGCCUUUUCAGUUGCUCGCUUUUUCGCUAAGAACGGAUCAUUGGUCAACUACUACAUGUACCAUGGCGGAACAAACUUCGGUAGAACCAGCUCUGCUUUCACAACGACCCGUUAUUAUGAUGAAGCUCCUCUUGAUGAAUACGGUUUGCAAAGAGAGCCAAAAUGGGGUCACCUCCGGGACCUUCACAGGGCUCUAAACCUUUGCAAGAAGGCUCUGCUCGGGGCAACGCCUAGAGUCACCAAGCUAAGCCCACACAUUGAAGCUAGGAUCUUUGAGAAACCAGAAAGUGGUAUGUGUGCUGCUUUCUUAACUAACAACCACACACAGGAAGGAGCAAACGUAGACUUUAGGGGUCAGAGCUAUUUUUUGCCGCCACACUCCAUUAGCAUCCUCCCUGAUUGCAAGACUGUGGUCUAUAACACUCAAAUGGUUGCCUCGCAACAUAAUUCGAGGAACUUCAAGAGAUCACAGAUUGCAAACAGCAAAAACUGGGAGGUGUUUACAGAAGCCAUUCCAACUACCCAGGACAUGCCGGCCACUCAGAGUUUUCCUCUAGAACUUUAUAGUUUACUUAAGGACGCUUCUGACUAUGCAUGGUACACCACUAGCAUCGUGUUGAGUCCAGCAGACAUGCCUAGGAAGAAUGGAGUGUCUCCUGUCCUUCGUAUCCUUAGUCUUGGCCAUUCAUUGGUUGCAUUUGUAAAUGGCGAAUACGUUGGAACUGCUCAUGGCAGUCAUGAGGAAAAAUCUUUCUCAUUUGAGCAAAAUGCAAAAUUUCAAGUUGGGGUCAACCGGAUAGCUAUCUUGGCUAGUACUGUUGGACUCCCAGACAGUGGUGCAUACAUGGAGCACAGGUACGCUGGACCAAAGUCUAUAACCAUCCUUGGUCUGAAUACAGGAAACAUCGAUCUGACUGUCAACGGAUGGGGUCAUCAGGUUGGUCUCAAAGGUGAGAAACUUGGCCUCUUCACCGAGGAUGGAUCAAAAAAUGUACAAUGGAAACCAGUCAAUGGACGUCAACCAGCUCUCUCUUGGUAUAAGAGAUACUUUGAUGGCCCAGAAGGAAGAGACCCUGUAGCCAUUCGAAUGAAUGGAAUGGGGAAGGGCAUGAUUUGGAUAAACGGUAAAAGCAUUGGUCGUUAUUGGAUGAGCUACCUCUCUCCUCUGGGACAGCCUAGUCAAUCAGAGUACCACAUCCCAAGAGCUUGGCUGAAAGACAGAGACAAUUUGGUGGUCGUAUUGGAGGAGGCGCCUGCAAGCCCGAAAGAGAUCGAGGUGGUAACCGUGGACAGGGACACAAUCUGCAGUUACAUCACGGAUGAUCACCCUCCCAGUGUCAAAUCCUGGGGGAGCAAGAACAGUGAAUUCCAAUCCAUAGUGGAAAAGGCGAUCCCGGGAGCCGCACUGAAAUGCCCGAACCAGAAGAAGAUUGUGAGUGUAGAGUUCGCGAGCUUCGGAGACCCCUGGGGUUUCUGCGGUGGCUACACUGUGGGGAAUUGCAGUCUGCCAGGGACGAAGCAGAUUGUGGAGCAGCAAUGCCUGGGGAAAAUGAGCUGUUCGGUUCCAAUGGAUCCCAAGGUUUUGUUGAAGAAUGGCGAUGCAUGCCCUGGUGUGAGGAAAACUCUCGCUAUCCAAGUGAAGUGUUCCCUUUAG